AACCAAAUUACGUCUCAUUGCCAGCAUUAGUGUCUUAAAUCCUAGUCCCUUGACGAUCUUUCGUUUUGUACAACGUCUGCUCACCAUGGCCCUUAAGGUUGCUUGUUUCGCCGCUUUCGUAGCUGUCGCUAAUUGCGCUGUAGCUCCUCUCGUAGCAGCUCCCGCCGUAGCGGCUCCCGUAGUAGCAGCCAGAGCCGUAGCCGCACCGGUUGUAGCCGCCAAAAUUGCCGAAGAAACCUUCGAUGUCAAUCCUCAGUACUCCUUCGGCUAUGACGUGCAGGACGCUCUGACAGGUGACAGUAAGGCCCAAGUGGAAAGCAGGAAUGGAGACUACGUGCAAGGACAAUACAGUUUGACAGACCCUGAUGGUACUCGUCGUAUUGUUGACUACACUGCUGAUCCAGUCAAUGGAUUCAACGCUGUGGUACGCAAAGCUCCCUUGGCUGUAGCCGCCACACCGGUAGUUGCCAGUAAAGUUGUAGCUGCCCCUGUAGUAGGCCAAGCCGCUCCUUUGGUAGCUCAGCCCGCUCCUUUGAUCGCCAGAAGCGCUCCGUUGAUAGCCCAGCCAGCUCCAGUGGUAGCCAGAGCAGUAGCCGCACCAUUGAUUGCCCCUGCCGCUCCAUACACUUAUUUUGUAUAAAUGCUUUUGUUUUGUUUUAGAAAAUAUAUUAAU